AUGCCUAUCCCGAAGGUUCGGUUGCUCUUCACUAUCAACUCCGUAGUCCUGCCUCCGAUUGUCAUCGGACAGUUUGUAUGGAGUCUUCUGCAUGCUACAAGCUCGCAACUCCGGCGAAGCGGCCCGGCACGUUCUCACAGACAGGAACGCUCAAACGCGUGGGCCAUGCUGGGCGGGAUCAACUCCGUUAUAACUUAUGGGCAAGAUGAGCACCAGCAUCGUGAACCAUCCGGACCUAGCGCGCUACGACCGCACGCAGACGGCGCCAACAUGGUCGCAGCUCAUCGCGCUGCCCAUCGGCAACACGCUGUGCGCGACGCUCGGCAUCUUCGGUACGAGCACGAUCUGCGGCGCGCCGGCGACGCCGUCGUGGCCCUGGGCUUCGUCUUCUUCAUCCUCGGCAGCGACCUCGGCGCCAACGUGAUCCUCUGGGGCGCCGCCACCGCGGUGCUGUUCCCGCGCUACUUCAACAUACGCCGCGGCAUGUACAUCUCUUCCUGGGCGGCUACAGCAGAUAUCUUCCCGGGCCCCUUCGUCGGCAUCUUCCUCACGGACUACCUGGUGUGCCGCCGGGGCAAUGUGCAUGUGGCCGACUUGUAUACGCUCGGGGGCCGGUAUUUGUACCGGCACGAGGCCCACUGGCGCGCGGCCGUGGCCUACGUCGUCGCCCGUGGUCCUUCCUAUCCCCGGGUUCGCGCGGACGUUCGGCGAGCCUAUGCCCCUAGCCUGGUUGCGGAUAUACCAGGUCAGUUGGCUGCUCACGUGUACGCUUAG